GUUAAAACACGACGCGGCCCCUUUAAAUAAGUAAAGCGGAAGUGCCUCAUAUCCAUUCGUCCACCAGAUAACAGGGACGAACUGCGAGAUGGCUCAGCGGCUCCUCCUCCGUCGGGCCUGGACCCUCUCCACCCGGGAGCUCCGCCCGCUGCCCCUCUACAGCGUCACCACCUCCUUCCUGCCCUCCUCCUCUCCACUGCUCCUCACAGGCUCCUCCCCCCGGGCGGCGGGGCCCCUCCCCCCCCACCAUGCCCCCCGCCGCUGGGUGUCCUUCAACGUGCAGGACCACGACGACUUCACGGAGCGCGUCAUCAACAGCCAGCUGCCCGUCCUCGUGGACUUCCACGCCCAGUGGUGCGGCCCCUGUAAGAUCCUGGGGCCCCGGUUGGAGAAAGCCGUCGGCAAACAGAAGGGUCGCGUUGCCAUGGCGAAGGUGGACAUCGACGACCACACAGACCUGGCCAUAGAGUACGGGGUGUCCGCCGUUCCCACGGUGAUCGCCAUCCGCGGCGGUGAUGUCAUCGACCAGUUCGUGGGCAUCAAGGAUGACGACCAGCUGGACUCGUUUGUCAGCAAGCUCAUUGGACAAUAACACCCGCCACUCAGCCCCCCGGCCCCGCCCCCAAGGCGAUCCGGUCUUCCCCGGCGGCAGCCAGCCGCUGGAGAAGACUCCCACACAACUCAACCCCAGGGGGGGAGACACGCCAUCUCACUGCCUCCGCCUCCAGCCCAGCACUUUGCUCUCAUUGGUUCUGAUUUCCUGCUGUCCCUCCUUUGUUUGAGAUGGGGGUGUGUCCUCCUGUCCAGUAUGGUGUAGUGGGUAAACUGGUCCCCCCUCCCUCCGCUGGCUCACUAAUGGUCCCACACUAUUGACUCAGCCGGAGAGAACCGGUUUGCGGUCAUGAUGGGUCUAAGGUAAGGAAGAUGCCCACGCCACACUCUGUUCUUUUACGUUACCGUGCCGACGUCAAAUGUAAUAGUCGGAGAAGGGUUCAGGAGGAAACCUGGCCGAAGUGGAUGAGCUAUUUUUUUUUAAUGGGGGUCUUUCUCUGCAGUUCCCACUUCUGUCCACAAGGGGGUAGUAUUACUCUAUACCACGCCGUCGUUUGACGCGGUUCUGCCUAGCGAGAGGACUAGGUCUGUGUGUGUAUGGGUGCGUGUGUUUCACUGCAUACAUGGUUGUUGUUUUCUGCCUGCAAGCUUUCUGGGUUCUUACUGUGAAAAUAAAAGAAUAUGGCCGACUUAAUGCUAUGUUAUUUUGUCUUGAGUUCCUUUCGUAAGCUUGUCUUUGUCUCUUCAACUGUAAAAAAAAAAAAAAAAAAAAAACGCAAU